AUUUGUAUUAGUUUAUUAAAAAUAUGAGUUAGUUGAGAUUUGAUGGUAAAGUGGUUGUUAUCACUGGAGCUGGUAAUGGCUUGGGAAAGGAGUAUGCAUUAUUUUUUGGAAAAAGAGGAGCAAAAGUAGUUGUAAAUGAUUUAGGAGGAUCAAUGAAAGGAACAGGUGCUUCAUCUUCUGCUGCUGAUAAAGUAGUUGAAGAAAUAAAAGCUGCUGGAGGAAUGGCUGUUGCAAACUAUGAUAGUGUUGAAUAUGGUGAAAGAGUGAUAGACACAGCAAUUAAGACUUUUGGAAAAAUUGAUAUUUUGAUAAACAAUGCUGGAAUUUUGAGAGAUGUAUCAUUUGAAAAAAUGAAAGAUGAAGAUUGGGAUCUUAUAUAUAGAGUAUUAUAUGAUAAAAGACAUUUAGGUUCAUUUAAAGGGAACAUAUUCUUGUUCUAAAGCUGCUUGGCCAUAUAUGAGAGAAUAAAAAUAUGGAAGAAUAAUAAAUACAUCUUCAGCAUCAGGAGUUUAUGGUGUUUUCGGAUAAACAAAUUAUUGUGCUGCAAAAAUGGGUAUUCAUGGAUUAACAUUGGCUUUGGCAAGAGAAGGAUUAAAAAGAAAUAUUUUAGUUAAUUCAAUAUGUCCUGUAGCUGCAAGCAGAUUGACUGAAACUGUUAUGAGCAAAGAAUUAUUAUCUAAUUUAAAGCCAGAAUAUAUUGUACCACUUGUUGCUGUUUUGAGUCAUGAAGAAUCUAAAGAAACAGGAGCUAUUUAUGAAUUAGGUGCUGGAUAUAUUUCAAAAUUAAGAUGGUAAAGAAAUCAAGGAUUUUUCUUUGACACUCCCUUUACACCUGAAGAUGUUAGAGAUAAAUGGGAAUAAGUAGCAGGUUUUGGUGAUACUGUUUAUUAUCCUUAAACUUCUUCUGAAAUUUUUGAAAUCUUCUUUAACAAAGAGGAUUUCAUUAAAUAAUAAAAUGAAGGAAAAAAAACAGCAGUUAACACAUAAUAAAGUACUUAGGCUCCAAGUGUUAAUCUUAAAGCUGAAAAGAUUUUUGGUUUAAUGAAAGCGUUUUUAGAUAGAGGGGAAGGAAAAGAUUUAAUUCCUAAAGUGUAAGGAGUUUUCAAUUUCGAAAUUAUUACCUAAAAAGGUGGCCCAGUGAUAAAAUCAUGGGUGAUUGAUUUAAAGAAUGGUUAAGGAACAAUAAAGGAAGGAAAAGAAAAUGCUGAUGCUACUUUCUUAAUGAUUGAUGAUGAUUUUGAAAAAGUUUGUUUAGGAAAAUUGUAAGCAAAUGAAGCCUUUUUAAAAGGAUAAAUGAAAAUCAAGGGAAAUAUGAAGAAAGCGUAAAUAUUAAAUUAUAUUUUAGUACUCUAUUCACACCAAGUCUUUUCCCAGCACCAACUCCAGAGAACUUUGCUAAGUAUUCCUAACCAAAAUUAUGAGAUAUAUAUAAAUUAGUAUUUU